GUCUACCGCUACUUUGCCUACGACUGUGCCGCCACCUUCCCCCACGUCCCCCGUGGGCCCCCGCGCCGUGUCGACGACGUCAUCUGCGAGUCCCGCUACUCUGACAUUGAGCCCUCCACCGAGGGGGAGGUGAUCUACCGGGUGCUGGACCCCUCCAUCCCCAUCCGGGACCCCUACAGCCCCGCCAUCCAGAACCUUCUCCGUGUCACUAACCUGCGGGUGAACCUCACCAAGCUGCACACACUGGGGGACAACCUGCUGGACACACGGCGGGAGAUCCGGGAGAAGUACUACUACGCGCUCUACGAGCUGGUGCUGCGAGGGAACUGCUUCUGCUACGGGCACGCCUCUGAGUGUGCCCCACUCAGCGGGGCCCCUGUCACCACCGAUGGCAUG